AUGCAGCGCCAAUUCCUCCUCGUUGUGGCCCUAGUUAUUCUUGCGCGCAGCAAAGCAGUCGCAAAUAGCGCCGCGUCCGAUCGACUUGUGCGGUCGUCGAAUGCGACAACUCACCACUCUCCGCUGCCAUCUUUCACGUUCGACAACUUGGCUGCAAAAGGCUUUCGCAAAGAGCAGUCGCGUCGAUACUACAAGGAUGAGAACGAGGAAUCAGCGGUAUUCGAUACCGCUGACGAGGCGCGAACGAAGCCCAUCUCGCCGGCGCUUUCCAAGCUCGUGAGCAGCAAACCAAGCUUUGGAUCCAUUGGCGACAGGGCAGCUAAGGUCGUCCGCCGUAUUGCAGACGCGAAGGGCCAGUAUAGGGUUCUAGGUGUGCGCAAAACUGUCAAAAAACUUCCGGCUGCGAAAGCCGCAAUUGAUCGGAAAAUAGCCGUUCGAGCCGCGAAGAAUAAAGCCGCUCAAGUCGCUCGAGCCGCUGAAAAAAAAGUCGCCCAUGGCGAGAAAGUUGGAACGAGCGCUAUGAACCCCAACCUUGAUAGAGGUAAGGUAGUCAAUGUGCGUUAUCCAUCCAUUAACCGAUCCAAGGUUGAAAGAUUCAACUCAAAGCUAGGGAAAGAGUUCGCCACGAACCCACGCAACAAUAAGCUCAAAAGAGAAGGAACAUCUUUCGACGACGCGUUUUGGCACGGAAGACUCAAAAGUGAGAAGAGCCAUCGCGAGUAUCGAGAUUACUUGGUCAAGAAAUGGAAAGCUGCACAGGGUCAAAAGUAG